UUCACCGCCUCCACGCCGAGCCAAACUCGUCCCAGUCACCAAAACUUUUGGCUCCUCCUCAUUCUUGUUCUUCGUCACAUGUCUCAAAAGAGAUGAGAGUAAACCGAACGAAGUGCUCGGGUCUUGAAAGUGAUCGUUUUUCUUGUACCCAUUUGGGCAAUUAUCAGUCAUACGUUGUUUCUCGUGUUGCUACUGCUUCUGGGUCAGGCUUCUUUUUCUUUUUCUUUUUUCUUGCACGCGCAUCGCUGGUUCGAUCAUGGAGGCACGAACUGUCUGCUCCCCACGUAUCAGACCUCCUUGUGCAGCUUCCCGACGCUUCAAGAUUGUCCCUCCCACCAGCAAUGCUCUGGUUUCUGGGGUGUCUCUGGUCUCCACGCUUAAUUUGAGGACGUUUUCACCCGCUAUUUGUCGAGCCAUGGAAAAAUCUGACCAGGUACCUGAGGGAAGAGCUGACUGGAGUCAGGAAGAAGAGAUACCAGAGUCAUUUCAGUUGAUGAAAUCAAUAACAAAUUUUGCACUGACUAACUUUCUCCCAAUAGCUCUUCUCAGUGGAGUAGCUUUGGGAUUAGCAGAUCCUACUCUCGGUUGUAUAGCACAUAAACAUUCAUUGACACAAUUUGCCACUUCAGGAAUAUUCUUUAUAUCAGGUCUGAAGUUGCAGGACAGGGAAAUAGGAGCUGCCACACAAGCGUGGCCUUUAGGAUUAUAUGGGCUAGCUUCUAUACUUCUGAUCAGUCCUUUCUUGUCCAAACUAAUUUUGCCAUGUCAGCUCGCACCUCAGGAAUUUGUUACAGGGUUGGCCAUUUUUACUUGUGUGCCAACAACUCUAUCUAGUGGAGUUGCUCUAACUCAACUUGCUGGUGGAAAUUCUACUCUGGCACUUGUAUUGACUGUAAUGUCUAAUUUAUUAGGCACUGCUGCUGUGCCAUUUUGGGUAUCAAAGUUCUUCGCUGAUGGUUUUGGUGUAUCCAUCCCUACCGAGAAGCUUUUUUGGAGCCUUAUGUAUACACUUCUUGCCCCUUUGGUUCUGGGAAAGGUAGCACGGUAUUCCUUCCGAGGUCUGGCAACCUAUGCUGAUCAGAACAAAAGGGUUUUGACAAUGAUUUCUACGAUCCUUCUAAGCCUUACGCCAUGGAUGCAAGUGAGUAAAUCAAGAGAAUUGCUCUUAAUGGUGAAGCCACUUGUUUUUCUCAAAGCUAUUGGGCUAGGAAUAGUCGUGCACCUUUUCUUUCUAGGUUUCAAUGCUGUUGCCUUGAAGAUUUUCUCGGCUGCCUCUGGUUCGAGGAUGGCUUCUCUAGUGAACAAAAAGAAUGCCCGUGCCCUUAUGAUAGUUUGUAGUCAGAAAGCGCUGCUGAUUGUAGUAGCAGUGGUGGAGCAGCUGAACGGUGCACUUGGCGAGCCUGGGCUGCUAGUGCUCCCUUGUGUAGCAGCACACAUAACCCAGAUCAUCAUUGACUCAUUAGUAGUUAACUUUUGGCUUCAAAAAGAUCGAGCAUACAAGAAAAUCAAGACAGCAUGAAGUUUGUCUUCUCAGCACUUGUUGGGUAUUGGCAUCUUCUGCAUUCUUCAAGAAUACAGCGCUAAUGCUACUGAAGAACGUUUCAUCCUAUCAUCUUUGGAUGGAAAGAGCGCGUUCUUUAUAAUGCUGAACAAACUCUUCAGGAUGACAAUUUACGAUUUUACAUGUUCUGCUAACCCAAUAAGCUGCUAAAAGUCGAGCUGUGAGCUUGUGCGCCUUGUGAUGACGCCUUCCGAUCUCUAAAUCUGAUGCAGAUAGAUACCCGGUUGGGAAGAAGAAUUUAAAGGUUCUGUGGGUACCGUUAUAGCUUCAUUAAACAGCAAAGCGUUCCUGCAUCUUCACCUACAUGAGAUGCUUAAGAA